UGUCAUAAGAUUAAGUAAAUCUUUCUAAUCAGUUUUCAGAUUCCAGAGCUCAAAGUGGGAUCCUGAACGAUGUCAACACUCCCCAUCCAGGCAGCCCCCAAUAGCAGCACUUCAAUGACCCCCACCUUUCUGCUGGUAGGCAUGCCAGGCCUGGCUGCUGUACCCUCCUGGUGGACGAUACUCCUCAUCACUGUCUACCUUCUCUCUGUUUUGGGCAACAGUACUAUCCUCUGGAUCAUUGCCAUAGAGCCCACCUUGCACCGUCCAAUGUACUUCUUCCUCUUCCUGCUUAGUGUGUCUGAUGUUGGCUUGGCCACAGCCCUGAUGCCCACGCUGCUGGGUCUUGCCCUUGCUGAUGCUCAUGCUGUCCCUGCCUCAGCCUGCCUCCUGCAGAUGUUCUGUGUCCAUGUCUUUUCUGUCAUGGAGUCCUCUGUCUUGCUCGCCAUGGCCUUAGAUCGGGCACUGGCCAUCUGCCGUCCUCUCCACUACCCAACACUUCUCACCAAUGAUGUCAUUAGCAAGAUUAGCCUUACCAUUGCUUUCCGAUGCCUGGGUCUCCAUCUGCCCCUACCAUUCCUCUUGGCCCAAAUGCCCUAUUGCCACCCACAGGUCCUGACCCAUUCCUAUUGCUUGCACCCAGAUAUGGCCCGAUUGGCCUGCCCAGGAGCUUGGGGUGCAGUCUAUAGCCUCUUUGUGGUCCUGUCAGCCAUGGGAUUGGACCCGCUGCUUAUUUUCUUUUCUUAUGGCUUAAUUGGCAGGGUAUUGCAAGGUUUGGGAUCAAGUGAGGAUCGCUGGAAGGCUGGCCAAACCUGUGCUGCCCACCUCUCUGCUGUGCUCCUCUUCUAUGUGCCCAUGAUCCUCCUGGCACUCAUUGACCGUCUUAGGAUGCCAGUCCCUCAGUCUGCCCAUACACUUCUCUCCUAUGUCCACUUCCUGCUUCCUCCACUGAUAAACCCUAUUCUGUAUAGUGUCAAGAUGAAGGAGAUUAGAGAGAGAAUACUCAAGAGAUUGCAACCCAGGAAGGUAGGUUGCGCUCAGUGAGAAUGAUGUGCCUCCACAUUUGGUGGCUCAAGGCU